UCAAUAUUCACAUGGAAUUUAUUUCUUCAUCAACGAAUUGAAUUGUAUUUGUCUAUUGAGAUUGUUAGUCAAUUUAAUGCUUACUUAUUUCAUUCAUAAACCUUUGAUUUAAUACGCCUCCUAAUUUCGAUUGUUUUUUCUUCCUACCUUCCUCAUAAUGUUUCGUGUUUUGUAUUCCUCAAUCCGUCCCACUUUUUAUAGGCCACACGUUGACACCCUUUAUUCAAGAUGUCCUAAAAUAAUAUUCCGAGGUCACAUUUCAUGUAUUGUGACUCGUACCAAUUGAGGUUGGCAUGAGUGGUUAAGGGCCUCUUGCUCCUUAACCAAGGUUUCGGUUUCGAGUCUUGGAAAUGGAAAAAAUAUCAAUUGGGAGGGAUGCUGCCCACCGAGUUACCCAUGCAAACUCCCGCGGGAUAUUAGUCCACUCGCCGAAGGCGGUGGGAACUCCUCGUAGUAGAACCAAGAAAAAAAAAAAGUAUUGUGACACGUGUACUUUAUCUAAGAUUUGAUCCAAAAUACCAUGUCAAAGAUCAAUAUGCGUGCCCUUGUGCACAAUAAUGUAAGAAUGCUUAAAAUGCUACGAAGGGAGUAAUGUAAUUACUAGAGUAUUUGAUCAUGCUAUAAGGUUGAUUAGUUAUUAGUUGAAUUUCAUAACACAAAAAACAAAAUAAUUAGAAUUGACAACAAUUUAGAUCGAAUUGAGUGGUACUUGUCAGGGUGUGUUUGCUUGAUAAAAGUGAUAACUUUAUUUUAAUUCUAUACCCCAGAAAGAAAGAAACUUAUAAAAGAAAAGAAAAGAUAGUCAGUACUUUUUUCUUUCUGAAUUGUCUUUUUCUUAGAUGUCUUGAGUGUUGACCAUAGUUUUACUUUUCUUUAUAUUUCUUUCACACAUCACAUUAUUGUUUGGUAGUUCUAAAACUUCUGACUUUUGAGUCAAAUUAUUGCAAAACAUAUAGGAAUUCCAACAAUACAUUAUACAAGUAGUGUUCAUGGAGUCGUCUAACACUUGGAGUAUUAAAUUAAACUGAUUCAAAUAUAGUUAAAUCACAAGAAAUGGAGAUUGAAGUGAACUGUAUGACGAAAAACAAAACCGGGUUUUAAUUGAUUUUAUUGGAUGUUAGAGUAUGUAGUUAUGUACAUUGAGGCUCUUAAAGUGGCUCACCAAGUAGCUCUUCAAGUAGUUUUCCAAUAAGAACUAUCUUUUGGCCAACAUUGGGGCUCUUGAGUGGUUCAUGAGGGGAUCUUGAUUAGCUCUUUAUGGAGAGCUAUUUCAAGGUAACUCUUGCCCAAUGGCCCUCCAAGAGUUGAUUCUUGUUAAAAAGUGGGUAACUUUGAAAAGUGGAUAGUAACUUUUAAAAAGACAAUUAAUUAUGGAUCAUUAAAUGGUAAAAAGAGACUUGAUAGCUCACUUGAAGAACCAACCAAUGUUGGGUGUUUUUAGGAAUGAAUUCUUGAGUGUGUCUUGUACACAGAUAGUGGUAGAGAGAGAGUGGAGAGUCCUCCGAGAGCUCUUUUAAAGAGCCAACCAAUGUACAUGCUCUACCGGAGUACUCGGUAUUACUUUUUCAAGUUUGAUUGUAUUUUUGCUUGAAGCUAUCUAUGUACUUUUUCGUUUAUCUUAUAAUUUUAUUUUUUUUGUUUUGAUCGGGAAUGCAAUCUAAUUAAUUUCCUUUUCGCUUGCAUAAAAUCACAUGCUAUUAAAGCAUUUGCAAUCCUAAAAUCCCUAGUAUAAGAUGGAAACCAUGUACUAUGAAUCCAUGAUAGGUACCCUUGACUUCUUUUCAAGAAAAAAAUAAAGUAGACAUAGCCACAUUGGGCAUGUGUGGAUCAUAGUGUCCUCAAUUUGGUAUAUACGGAGUAGCAUAUAUUCUUCCCCAUUUCUGUAUAAAUAUACAAAAAAAUUGAGCUUUCUUGUAUAUAAAUUUGAGCACUCGUGUUUGACUUGUAUUAAUGAAUUACAAUCUCAUAAGUGUUUGGUGAUAGGUGAUGACUUGACAAUAGACCAUGACUAGUGAAACUUUCUUUUCAAGCCUUAGCGCGUUUCUUUGGUCAUUUAGCUAGUUGCUUUGUUUUUUAAUAAUCCAUUUUCUUUAUGUUUAUUGUUUAAUACUCCUAAUAAUCAUAUACUUACAUGAUAGGUUAAGAUUUCUCUCUACGUAAAAUGUAUGGCUUACCCAGUUACCCUGUUUAAAAAUUCGACUAUAACUGUAUUUUUGACUAGUGUACAUUUUGUUUAUCAAAGAAUCAAGCAUGUGUAUCUUUUCUAAAGACUUGAGGAGGUGUGGUUGUUAUUGAUAAAUGAUAAUAAUUUAGCUUGACUUUUAUAAUUUAUUCAACUUUUGUGUUUAAAUGAAACAUCUACGCGCUUUCAUGGGGACUGAUUUGCUGCCUCGUGCCCUAUAAAAGCAUGCAGCUAUUAAGCAGUUUUUGGUUACUUGCUUUUAGUUUUGCUCUUUUCCUCUAAGAAACAUUCUGAUUCACUGUAAUGGUACUCAAAAGGCAACUUGGUGAUGACGGGAGUGGCAACUCAUCACAAAACAAUAACUCCCAUAGCCCGCCAACCAAAAUUCAGAAAGUUGUUAACUAUGUAACGAAAGAAGUGUCAGUGCAAGAGAUUGCAACACAAAUAUCUGCAAUAUUGGAACCUGCACUUCGUAGAAUGGUGAAGGAGGAAGUGGAGCCUCUGAUUUAUUUUCUUCAGUCAUCUCCAAGACAUCCGCUUGGUCUCCAGCAAGAUCUAUUUCCUUUAAGAAGCCUGCAGCUGCUUUUUGUCAACAAAUUGCCUUACACACUUUUUACAAAUAGUAAGGUAGAGGACGAGGAGCACGACCCUCUUCGGAUAAAACUAGUGGAUGCAAAGUCUAAGAGCCUGAUCCAACAUGGUCAAUUCUCUUCUAUGAAGGUUGAGAUUUUUGUUCUUAAUGGUGAUUUUGCUGCUGAUGGACGGGAAGAUUGGAGUGAGGGCGAGUUUAAAGAGAACAUCUUGCGUGAGAGAGAAGGUAAACGGCCAUUGUUGGUUGGAGAUAUUUCCUUUGCACUUGUUGGUGGUCUUGGAACCAUUGAAAACAUCAUGUUCACUGACAAUUCAAGCUGGGUGAGAAGUAGAAAGUUCAAGUUGGGGGUUCGAGUUUUGUCAAGAGCUUCUCAUGGAAUUGGCAUCAGGGAAGCCGUCAGUGAUGCUUUUACGGUGUUGGACCAUCGUGGGGAAUCCUAUCAGAAGCACAAUACACCAUCCUUGGAUGACCCAGUUUGGCGUUUAAAAAAAAUAUCAAAACAAGGAGCAUCGAACAUGAAAUUGGAGAAAAAUGGAAUCAGGACAGUAAAGGAUUUCUUGAUGCAAUAUCACUUGAACUCGUCAUAUUUACGACAUGUGCUUGGCAAAGGGGUUGCUAAUAGGACAUGGGACACAAUGGUGAAGCAUGCUAAUGAAUGCCACCUAGACAACACAUGCUAUAGUUACUGUAAUGAAGUGGAUCGUACUCAGCUCCUGUUCAACUGUGUCUACAAAGUCGUAGCUGUGAAGUUUAAAGGUCAAGAUUAUCAGCCCGUUGAUGCUCUUGAUAUUUGCCAAAAGGGUCUGGUGGAGAAGCUGAAGCAGUUAGCAUUCUUGAAUGUGAAUCAGCUGGUUCCAGUUAUCAAUCCGUCAGCUAUCUCUACUUCAAUGCAACCAACUAUUGAACAUUUCCAAUAUUCUAGUCCGAAGCUGGAAUUACAGCAUGAUUCUCUUUCGAUUAUAGAUCAAGCUGAACCAGAUAAGAAGUUGGACAUCAAUCUAUCAGAUUCAGCAUCAUAUCCGUGCACAAUUGAAGAUGGCUAUCUACUGGAAGGCGACUCAGCAUCUCAGACAAACCAACCGAUACAAGGGUUCACCCCAGGCUCUUUACUGAUGUGUGAUUACUCUGCUGAACCCUCUGACAAAGCAUACAACUGGUUCCAUAACAGUCCAAUUUCAACAUUUGCACAAAACUGUCAGUUUGGAGAGCUUUCUCAUAUUCAAACCACACCAUUUUAUCCUGUUACUACAAAUUGGGGACAAGGGGACAACUUUUUAGCAGCUUCAACACCUGAUGUACAUUUAGGUAUCUUCUCCCAGGUUCCUGAUAUUAGAGUUGAUAUCUCAGGCACUGGAAAGUCCAGGGCUGGGUGGUGUAAGAUCCGAGCUGCUGUCAUGUGGAAGAUUGUUAGACGAACUGUUGCUGCUAGAAGGAAAGCACAGUUUCCUUUCGGGUAUCAUUAAUGCAGGUGAAUAGAUGAUGCUACACUGCUCAUUCUCUGAACCUUGAAAUUGCUAGGUAUAUAGUUAGAGUUGCGGCUCCCAUAGAAAUGGGUGGCGUUUAUGUCGAAAUUUCGUUAAUGAAUGUAUAAUGAACAAUAAAACAUGCAGAAGGCAGAAUUGCCAUCUACAUACUCUUGUAGUUAUGAUUGCUACCAGCACAUAUGAUCUUGAUUUUGUCGUAGA